UGUUAACGCAUGUGCACAGAGUUCGUGCCCAGGGCCGGGUAUCAUGGCGACGUACGUGGACAUUCUGAAGAACGAGUUUCCUGAAAUCGACACGGAGCUUUUCAAUUAUAUCACAGGUGUCCUGGAUCAUUGUGGUGCAGACUUCGAGGAUGGAGAUGAGGUGUAUGAUGCCAUCGGCGGCGUCCUGCAGGAAGUGUCUGCUGACAGUAAGAACGAGGAUGAUGUCAAAGACAUUUGUCUCCAGAUGUUCAACACUCUAAAACUGAACAACCAUCAUGGCACUCAGAGGCAGGUGCUACUUGACGCUCCAGUUCAGCUCUCUCAGAUCUCUGCAGACAUAGUUCCAGCAGCUAAAGGUGUUGAGGGGAUCUGGAUGAUGAAACGUCCACAGAACACAACAGUGGAUGUUAAGAAACUGGAAAAGGCUGAGGCGAAGCUGAAAGCUAAACAUGAACGCAGGAAUGAGAAGGAGACACUGAAGACCUCCAGCCCACUAGUCCUGGAAGAGGCAUCGGCCAGUCAGGCCAGCAGUAAGAAGGACAGUCGAGUUGACCUAUCAGGGAAGAAUCGCAGCUACGAUAUUCGGAUCGAGAACUUUGAUGUUUCGUUUGGAGAAAGGUGUCUACUGCAGGGGGCAGAGCUCUCUCUUGCAACAGGUCGGAGGUACGGUCUUAUUGGUCGUAACGGUCUGGGAAAGACGACUCUGUUGAAGAUGUUGGCAAGCCGUAGCCUUCGUGUCCCAGCUCACAUCUCCAUCCUCCAUGUGGAGCAGGAAGUUGCGGGAGAUGAUACGAUGGCGCUGCAGAGUGUCCUGCAGAGUGACACGCUGCGGGAGGACCUGCUCAAUGAGGAGAAGACGCUGAAUGCUCGCAUCGCAGACGGAACCGCUGACGGGAUGGAAAGUGUUCGACUGUCAGAGAUCUACGCAAAACUGGAGGAGAUUGAAGCCGACAAAGCCCCAGCCCGAGCCUCUGUCAUCCUGGCUGGUCUCGGAUUCUCCCCCAAGAUGCAACAGCAGACCACAAGGGAGUUCUCAGGAGGAUGGAGGAUGAGGUUGGCAUUGGCCAGAGCUUUGUUUGCUAGACCAGACCUGCUGCUACUUGACGAACCGACCAACAUGUUGGACGUCAGAGCCAUCUUGUGGUUAGAGAACUACCUGCAGACGUGGCAGUCCACCAUCUUGGUUGUCUCCCACGACAGAAAUUUCUUGAAUGCUGUGGUAACCGACAUCAUCCACCUGCACUCGCAGCGGCUCGAUAGUUACCGUGGCGACUUUGAAAACUUUAUUAAAACCAAAGAGGACAGACUGAAGAACCAGCAGAGAGAGUAUGAGGCUCAGCUGCAGUACAGACAACACAUACAGGUGUUCAUUGACAGGUUCCGCUACAACGCUAACAGAGCGGCUCAGGUUCAGAGUAAACUGAAGCUGCUGGAGAGACUACCAGAGUUGAAGCCCAUUGAAAGAGAAACUGAGGUUACUUUAAAGUUUCCAGAUAACUUUGAGAAGUUGUCGCCUCCCAUCCUGCAGUUGGAUGAAGUUGAGUUUUUCUACUCGCCCGACCAGCGCCUCUUCUCUGGACUCAACCUGUCAGCCGACCUUGAGUCUCGGAUCUGCAUUGUCGGAGAAAAUGGUGCUGGAAAAACCACCGUCCUCAAACUGCUGAUGGGAGAGUUGACGCCAGUCAAUGGCGUCAGACAAGCUCACAGGAACUUGAAGAUUGGUUACUUUAGUCAACAUCACGUGGACCAGCUGGACCUGAAUGUCUGUUCCGUGGAGUUGCUCCUUAACAGGUUCCCUGGUCGGACAGAGGAGGAGUACCGCCACCAGUUGGGAAGUUACGGAAUUACUGGUGAGCUGUCAACGAGGCCAGUGGCGAGUCUGUCAGGAGGACAAAAGAGCCGCGUCGCCUUCGCUCAGAUGACCAUGCCAUGUCCAAACUUCUACGUCCUUGAUGAGCCGACCAAUCACCUGGACAUGGAGACAAUCGAGGCGCUCGCCAAAGCUCUCAACAAGUUCAGAGGUGGAGUUAUCCUAGUAUCUCACGACGAACGUCUGAUUCGGUUGGUGUGUAAGGAGCUGUGGGUGUGUGAAUGUGGAAAAGUUAAGCGAAUCGAUGGUGGCUUCGACGAGUAUCGAGACAUACUCCACGAGCAGUUCCUGAAGGAGGGCUACCUGUGAGACUCUGCCCAUUGCUGACUGACCACUAGUAACACAUACCUUGCCCGCUCCAUAAAGACACUUGUCCUACAAGCCAAUCAGCUGCUGGAGUGAACCAGAGGAUGGUUUCUUCUCCGAGCCGUUUCACCUCCUGCUUCAGGCGAUGAGCUGCUGCGAGCUGAUUAGUGAGGUCACAGUGAACUCUGCAGAAGGAGGAGGAGUCAGUGUAUUGAUGUGCCGUUGAUUUUGGGGUUUUAUCAGUUUUAAUGGACCUGACGUCAAACAAGCGUUAUAUUUACGUUCAGAGACGGAAAGAAUAAAAAAUAUCAGAGCAUGUGUCACUUCCA